UGCUUUCAUUUCACGUGUUUUGUGCUCCUCGAUAAUUGUGAUAAUCCAAACCAAAAAGCGUUAGAAGCCAUCGAUAAAAGCAGACUAUCGUGAUAUCGAUAGUGACAUCGGCUUUUUAACAGUUGUUAUUGGACCAAUUAUAAAAAUGGAACAUGUGGAGCCGCACAUCCAAACCAAUGACGUUCUGCAGCAAAUACUAAAACUGAAUAUAGUUGAGAAUGAAGUUGAAAUUACGACACUAUUGAAAAGCUUACGGCUGCUGCUCACCCAAAGCAGCGCCAGUCAGGAAACAUUGGCCAACAAUGUGGAAUUCGCUCAUUUUGUGCAGAACGUUGUCUUUAAUCCAAUUAUGAGGACACAGCAGCGAACACUACACAUUCUGACGCUUCAGGUGCUGGCCAACAGCGUUGUAAACAAUGCAAAGACACAGGCAGCCACUUGGCAGACACAUGGCGCACAAAUUGCCGAGCAGGCGUGCACAUCUCCACUGGGCAGCUCCAACAAUGUGCUGCUCAUGAUUAUGUAUAACAUUUAUUUAGGACGUUGCACACGCCUGGUCAGCGAUCAGUUGGUGUUUGAAACAUGUGUGCGCCUUUGGCAGGCAAUUAUUGAGGCGCAAACGGAUUACAAUUUCGAGUAUCUGCACUUUUUGCUGGAACACUUUAUAGUGCAGGAUGGACGCACCUGUGUGCAGUGCUAUCAGCGUCUGGCGUUGGUGGAGCAGCGCAUUGCCUUUUUGGACUAUGUGGCGCACUAUCUGCGCGAGAACAGUCCAAAUGGAGAGCUCAGCACCAUGUUGCUGCUGUUCUUUGCCAAAGAGUUUCGGCUAAAAUCCGAUUGCAUUCUACGUGAAACCAUUAAAUUACGUCACGAGCUGCAUCCGCGUGAGGUGCACACGCUGCUCCGCAUCAUUGCAAGCGCCAGCGGCACAGAAAAUUAUGCCAAAAUCUAUGCAGUCGAUCACUCGCUAUUUAUUAAUGUCAGCAGCUUGUUGCGCUGUGUAAUCGCGGCUGGCAAAGAGCCCAAUAGCAACGUGGACACACCCAUGACAAAGCUGGAGGAAGUGGCGCUCACCUCCAACAUAGAUGCGGGCUAUGAGGCGCGGGUGUCCUAUGAGCUGAAAACGCUGCUGGUGCGCUGCACGGCCAAUUUGCUGUACGAGAACGAGGCCAACCGAGGCUACUGCCUCGACACCCAACUGCUGCCUGCGCUGCUCGAGUGCACAGUCAUGGAUGCGCGUAAUCCUUUGAUGCGCGAAUGGAGCAUUCUGGCCAUACGCAAUGCCUGCAUCAAUUGCCCCGAUGCGCAACAGGUGAUUGCCGGCCUGACCAUGCAGGGUGCUGCACCAAAUGACAUGCUCAGCGAAUUGAAUUUGGAUAUGGGUGCAUUACGCAUCACAGACCGACAGCAUUAGAAACAUAGAUACACA